AUAAGAGGGGCGGGGAGGGCGGUCUGCAUAUAAAGCCUGGGAGUAGCAGGCGGGCGCGCGCGUGCCGACGCUCUCCAGUUGUUUGCAGCUGCGGCGCACUUUCAAUAUAGAUAGCAAUUUUUCCAUUUGUUAUUUCCAGUUGCUGUCAGAAGAAAAGGGGCUGCAUCUUGCAUAAGCCAAAAUGUCCAAGGGUCCAGCUGUCGGCAUUGAUUUGGGGACCACCUACUCCUGUGUGGGCGUCUUCCAGCAUGGCAAGGUGGAGAUCAUCGCCAACGACCAGGGCAACCGCACCACCCCCAGCUACGUGGCCUUCACGGACACAGAGCGCCUUAUCGGCGAUGCCGCCAAGAACCAAGUGGCCAUGAAUCCCACCAACACCGUCUUCGAUGCCAAGCGACUUAUCGGCCGCCGUUUCGAUGAUCCUGUGGUCCACUCAGACAUGAAACACUGGCCCUUCCAGGUCAUCAACGACGGGGGUCGUCCCAAGGUGCAGGUGGAGUACAAAGGGGAGACAAAGUCCUUCUACGCCGAGGAGAUCUCGUCGAUGGUCCUCACCAAGAUGAAGGAAAUUGCAGAGGCCUACCUGGGCAAGACAAUUGCCAAUGCCGUCAUUACAGUCCCGGCCUACUUCAACGACUCCCAGCGACAAGCCACUAAGGACGCUGGCACCAUCUCGGGCCUCAACGUCCUCCGCAUCAUCAACGAGCCCACGGCAGCUGCCAUAGCGUAUGGCCUGGACAAAAAGGUUGGCGGCGAGCGCAACGUCCUCAUCUUUGACCUGGGCGGCGGCACUUUCGACGUCUCCAUCCUGACCAUCGAGGACGGCAUCUUUGAGGUGAAGUCGACGGCCGGCGACACCCACCUGGGCGGCGAGGACUUCGACAACCGCAUGGUGAACCACUUUGUGUCGGAGUUCAAGCGCAAGCACAAGAAGGACAUCACGGACAACAAGCGGGCGGUCCGGAGGUUGCGCACCGCCUGCGAGCGGGCCAAGCGCACCCUCAGCUCCUCCACCCAGGCCUCCAUCGAGAUCGACUCCCUCUAUGAGGGCAUAGACUUCUACACCUCCAUCACCCGGGCCCGCUUCGAGGAGCUGAACGCCGACCUCUUCCGGGGCACCCUGGAACCCGUGGAGAAGGCCCUGCGGGACGCCAAGCUAGAUAAGUCUCAGGUGCACGACAUUGUGCUGGUUGGUGGCUCCACCCGCAUCCCCAAGAUCCAGAAGCUCCUGCAGGACUUCUUCAACGGCAGGGAGCUCAAUAAGAGCAUCAACCCUGAUGAAGCAGUGGCCUAUGGCGCAGCUGUCCAGGCUGCCAUCCUCUGCGGGGACAAGUCCGAAAACGUGCAGGACCUGCUGCUGCUGGACGUCACGCCUCUGUCCCUGGGAAUCGAGACGGCCGGCGGGGUGAUGACCGCCCUCAUCAAGCGCAACACAACCAUCCCCACCAAGCAGACCCAGACUUUCACCACAUACUCGGACAACCAGCCUGGGGUGCUCAUUCAGGUAUACGAGGGAGAGCGUGCCAUGACCAAAGACAAUAAUUUGCUGGGCAAGUUUGAGCUGACGGGCAUCCCUCCUGCUCCUCGUGGCGUCCCCCAGAUUGAAGUGACCUUCGACAUAGAUGCCAACGGCAUCCUCAACGUCUCUGCCGUGGACAAGAGCACUGGCAAGGAGAAUAAGAUCACCAUCACCAAUGAUAAGGGCCGCCUAAGCAAGGAGGAGAUUGAGCGCAUGGUCCAGGAGGCAGAGCAGUACAAGGCUGAGGACGAGAUCCAGAGGGAGAAGAUCACGGCCAAGAACUCCCUGGAGUCCCUGGCCUUCAACAUGAAGAGCACAGCGGAAGAUGAGAAGCUCAAGGACAAGCUGUCCCCAGAGGACAAGCAGAAGAUCCUGGACAAGUGCAACGAGGUCAUUUCCUGGCUGGACAGGAACCAGAUGGCGGAAAAGGAUGAAUAUGAGCACCAGCAGAAGGAGCUGCAGAACGUCUGCAACCCCAUCAUUACCAAGCUGUACCAAGGGGCAGGGGGCAUGCCCGGGGGCAUGCCGGGUGGGAUGCCCGGGGGCUUCCCAGGAGCUGGAGGAGCUGGCGGCGGCUCUUCAGGCCCCACCAUCGAAGAGGUGGAUUAAGAGCCUUCUUCCUCUUCCUCUGCUCUGCAUGGUAAUAGGGAGAAAUGCAAGCUGGCCUGGAUUCUGCUUCACUUUGCCAACUUCUGCCCAUGAGCCUCUGCACUUAAAUGGAGUUUGCUUGCUCUGUUCUCUCCCCACCACUCCUCCCCAUCUGUUUUCUGUAAUGGAGUGGGGCAUGUCUCCUUACUUACUGCCAAAUCCGAGACUUCAGAGAUGGUGUUCACAUGAAUAAAUUAUUGCACUUUCAUCACCCUGCC